AAUAGUACUUUUGGCCUUCGAUGUGGAGUGUCGCGUUUUAGAGGGGAAUAACAGUGGAUAACUAACAAUGGCGACAUCGGCAAGUGUGACGGGGGGAACGGGUUCAAGCGGACAAGCGACGGGGCAGGCGGGCAGCGGUCCCUCAGUUGGUAGGAAGAAAGAUGGUGGUCCGUCCUCGAAAUAUUGGGAGAGCGCGGAGACAGUCUCCCAGUUAGAGUCGGUUCGUCUGUGGAUCGGAAAACACUACAAAAAGUAUGUCCAGGCUGACUCUCCCUCCAGCAAAUUUUUGGCAAGCCUGGUUGUCCAGCUGCUGCAGUUCCAGGAGGAUGCUUUCGGCAGAAGAGUCAACAACCCAGCUCUCACCAAACUGCCUGCAAAGAGUUUCCUGGACUUCAAGGCAGGGGGGGCUCUGUGCCACAUCCUGGGCUCUGCGUACAAGUUCAAGAGUGAGCAAGGCUGGCGCCGCUUUGACCUACAGAACCCCUCCAGGAUGGACAGGAAUGUUGAGAUGUUUAUGAAUGUGGAGAAGACUUUGGUGCAGAACAAUUGCCUGACGCGACCAAUUGUGUAUCUGGUCCCUGAAAUGGAGCAGAAACAGGCUAAUAAGCUGAAGGACAUCAUCAAGAGACACCAGGGCUCCAUCACUGAGGACAAGUCCAAGGCCACACACCACAUCUACCCUUCCCCAGCCCAGUCAGAGGAAGAGGAGUGGCUCCGCCCAGUCAUGCGGAAGGACAAACAGGUGCUGGUGCACUGGGGCAUGUACCCUGACAGCUAUGACACAUGGGUGCCUGCCAGUGAUGUGGAAGCGGAUGUGGAGGAGCCGCCCAACCCAGAGAAACCGUGGAAGGUUCAUGCCAAGUGGGUCCUGGACACAGACGCUUUUAAUGAAUGGAUGAAUGAGGAGGACUAUGAAGUGGACGAGAACAAGAAGCCAGUGAGUUUCCGCCAGCGCAUCUUCCCACGGGAGGAAGAGUCUUCCCGUACACCCGAUCGCAAGGACCGCAAGGCCGCCUCGGGAAAGAAGAGGAGGCGCUCGCCAUCGCCCCCAGCAACCCCUGCGGAGUCCCGCAAGAAGGGGGGCAAAAAGGGGAACCCAGGGCCGUACUGGAAGCGCCGAGGCCACCGAGAGGAGGAGGAGCCGGAGGAGGACCUGACCAAGGACAUGGAGGACCCCACACCGGUCCCCAACAUGGAGGAGGUGACCCUGCCCAAAAACGUGAACCCCAAGAAGGACAGUGAGAACACUCCGGUGAAGGGCGGGACAGUGGCGGAUCUGGAUGAACAGGAAGAUGACUCCAUGGUCUCAGGAGGCAAGGAGGAAGAGGAACCAGGGAAGGCGGAGGUGAAUCGCCUGAUGGACUCCAGUGAGGACAAUGUGACGGAGCAAACCCAUCACAUCAUCAUCCCCAGCUACGCCGCUUGGUUUGACUACAACUGCAUCCACGAAAUUGAAAGACGAGCACUGCCAGAGUUCUUCAAUGGAAAGAAUAAGUCCAAGACUCCAGAGAUAUACCUGGCCUACCGAAACUUCAUGAUUGACACGUACCGGCUGAACCCCCAGGAGUACCUGACCUCCACGUCCUGCCGCAGGAACCUGACGGGGGACGUGUGCGCUGUCAUGAGAGUCCACGCCUUCCUGGAGCAGUGGGGCCUGGUGAAUUACCAGGUGGACGCUGACAGCAGGCCCCUCCCCAUGGGGCCCCCGCCCACUCCCCACUUCAACGUGCUGGCGGACACGCCCUCCGGCCUGGUGCCCCUCCACCACCGCCCCCCACAGGUUCCAGCCUCCCAGCAGAUGCUCAGCUUCCCAGAGAAAGGCAAAGACAAGCCAUCGGACCUGCAGAACUUCGGCCUUCGCACGGACAUCUACUCCAAGAAGAACCCCAAGAGUAAAGGUGCAAGUGCCGGCAGGGAGUGGACUGAGCAGGAGACUCUGCUGCUACUGGAGGCCCUGGAGAUGUACAAGGACGACUGGAACAAGGUGUCGGAGCACGUGGGCAGCCGCACGCAGGACGAGUGCAUCCUGCACUUUCUGCGGCUACCCAUCGAGGACCCGUACCUGGAGAACUCGGACGCCUCGCUGGGACCCCUGGCCUACCAGCCCGUCCCCUUCAGCCAGUCCGGAAACCCGGUCAUGAGCACCGUGGCCUUCUUGGCUUCUGUGGUUGACCCGCGGGUGGCUGCCGCCGCUGCCAAGGCUGCACUUGAGGAGUUCUCGCGGGUGCGGGAGGAGGUCCCGGCGGAGCUGGUGGAGGCGCACGUGAAGAAGGUGCAGGAGGCGGCGCGCAGCACGGGCAAAGUGGACCCCGCCUACGGCCUGGAGAGCAGCGGCAUCGCCGGCACCGCCCCCGAAGAGCCCGAGAAGACGGAGUCAUCAGAGGGGGAGAAGGCGGAGACCGAUGGCGAGUCCCAGCAAGCUGACAAGGCCGAGUCCAAGGACGAGGCGGAGAAGCCAGGCGAGUCGGCCGAGAGGCCGGCGGAGGGAGAGAGGCCGAAAACCGAGCCCGCCGAGCCGGCGGACCGAGAAGAGGCCGAGAGCGACGGAGGGGAAGAGGCCAAAACCGCAGAUAAGGACCGGGAGGAGCCCAUGGACACGGCCGAAGGCCCCAAGGAGGCCGAGGGCGAGGAAGGCCAGAAGAAGCUGGAGCACGACGUCGGGGAGGGGAACAUCGCCACGGCCGCGGCCGCCGCCCUCGCGUCCGCCGCCACCAAGGCCAAGCACUUGGCAGCAGUGGAGGAGAGGAAGAUCAAGUCUCUGGUAGCCCUUCUGGUGGAGACCCAAAUGAAGAAACUGGAGAUCAAACUCAGGCACUUCGAGGAGCUGGAGACCAUCAUGGACCGGGAGAAGGAAGCGCUGGAGCUGCAGAGGCAGCAGCUGCUGACGGAGCGGCAGGCCUUCCACAUGGAGCAGCUGAAGUACGCUGAGAUGAAGGCCCGCCAGCAGAUGGAGCAGCAGCAGCAGCAGCAGCAGCAGCAGCAGCAGCAGGCCGCUGCCGCCGCCGCCCAGAACCCCAGCGUUCACCUCGGCCACCCCGCCCCCGGAUACCCGCCCAUGCACCAUCCCAUGGGCCCGCACCACCCCCCACAGACAGGACCCAUGGGAGUCCCCGGCCAGCCUAUGCCCGGGCGCAUGAUGCCCGGUGGACCGCCCGUCGGGCAGCCCCAACCCAACAUGCCCAACAUGCCCAACAUGCCCCCCAUGAUGGGACCCCGGCACCCCGGAGCCCCCAACGGCAUGUACACCGGCCCUCCCCCUGCACAGCCUGAUGGGAUGCCACCUGCCCCCGUGGGACCUCCAGCGCCCCGUGUGGCCGAGAACUAAAACCCCUCUUCCCACUCCGCACAUGUACACACACACAUCCCCCAGGGACCCCAACCACCCCCCCCCCCCCCACACGAACAUUACAGACACCCCUCUCCCGUGUCUGUUCAGCCACCCCUUCCCCCGUCCCACAAUCCCCUCUACGAUUUCAGGUUUUUGGCAGGGUGCUGCCUCAUUCACACCCCCUCCUCAGCCUCAUGCCCAUAAACAUGCAUUACCUGCAGGGAAAAUCCUGACACACACACUCACGCACACACACGCUGAGCUCUACAGGGAAUUUGCUGAUGCAUGCACACACACACACUGUAAUCACAGGCAAUGCCAUUCAGAGACAGGGGGAUCACACAGGAAAUGAUAUCCUGGCAAGCAUUAGCAGGGCAGCUGGGAGACAGCCACUGUUUGGCUGUCUCUUACCUAGUACUGACACUGGUUAUAUGUGAGUGUUGCCCGAGGAAAGCAGGGGGUGCUACAGGGAGUGCGCAGCACUGACAGCCCCCCCAGUAGGGCCAGACAGCCAGAGGAGUUUGUUUUCCCUGAAAUGUGAUGCGUAUAUGUAUAUUGGUUCAUGUCUGGUGUGAACAGGAUUGUCAGAGAGCACAUACACUAUAGACUGAACAAGAGCAGCCUCUGUUACUUUCACUGACUCCCUCACCACUAGAUAGCGCUAUAGCUAGCUCCUCUGCGGCUUGCCCCCUCUUCCUCUUUACAGCGUCUGUAGCCGCCUGUCUGCUUUGGUAACAGCUGACACCAAGCUACGCUUGACAUGAAAGCAGGCGCUGCCUGGGACAGCUCGCUCGAUCGCUCCCCCCCCUCCAUUCUCAUCUUCUCACUGGAAGUCUACCUCUCCCCGCACCCCUCUGCCCCGCCGCACUCUGUGUGUGCGUUUGUACACACACUGGAUCAGGUUGGUUGGGGACCGGUGCUUGCAGGCUUGAGGUUGUCUCUUGACCUCACGGCGCAAGCACGUCGCUGGGCCGCAUCUGGCCAGCCGGGGCCGCGCGGUUUCCAUGGUUUCCACCGCGGCCCCACGUCACCCAGCCUGCCUCUUCUCACCUUUAAGCUGCGUUCCUCAGACUAUUCACUGGAGCAGCCGACACCGGCGUUGGAGUGAAUCGUCCAGUGCAGCCUGCUGUUUGUGGGACCGUUGAAGAGGGUUGCGUGUCUUUCCCUGGAUAGCGUGUGUGCGCGCGCACGUGUGUGUACGUGCGUGCGUGCGUGUGUGUUUGUGUUUCUCCUCUGCCAAAGCACAGAGGACAGUGGUAGCGUAGAGAUUUGUAUCUUCCACAUCUUCCCUGUAGCCUCUCUACUUCCUGCUCUCAGCGCGUGCCACGGAUGUCCGCAUAUACCUCUUCCAAUGGACUGUGAGUUUUUAGCUUGCCUCUGCUGUAGCUUGUAGGGGGGAGUUAGGGAGUGCUGGGAAUAGUUACUGCCUGUAUGUACUCGCGCACAGGUGUACACACUCACAGGAAGGUGAAGGCAUGUACACGGUUUGAGCUUGUACUGCAGGCAGGCCUUGCGCUUCCCUUCUCCCCCUGUACCCUCAGCCUGUAGCGAUGGAGAACCUCCGCUCCACUGGUGCCGUUAGGUGUCUUACUCUUUACCGUCUGUUAAGAACACCCUUUUGGUGUUGAUACUGUAGCUGGCAAUGCCACUCCUUCCUUCUGCACCUCACUGUUAGGCUUGCAAUGCCACCCUCUCACUCUUCCUCUCUAUCUCACUCAUUUCCCCUCUCUCUCUGUACUGUCUGUGACUGCUGUGUAGAGGCUGACUGUCCUCCCUCAGGUGAAUUUCCACACCCCUCUGCCCCCGUGUGCACCCCACUGCACACCCCACAACAUUUUCUCACAGGUGAUGGGAACCAAAACUGUUGCCCUAUAUAUCUUUUAUUGCUUUUUAUUUUAUGGUAAUGUAUUUUUAAAAAAAAUAAAAAUGAACUUUGCAUAGGCUUACUUUUUUUCUCUGUUCUUGAAGUUUGUAGCUUUUUUUAUUGUUAAAUUGGUACUGAGACCUAAACACUGUCGAAUAAAAGUGGUUUUGUAUGAACUGA